UGUGCCACUAUGCUUUCGAUUUGCAGGGAAWUUCCCUUUCUGAAUGCUAUAUAAAUAUAAAUGAAAUGCACCAUAGGUCAGUCUGUGUUCUUUAAUCCAUGGUAGAGCAGCACUACUUGAUGAAAAUUGGCAAUACAGUAAGAGUAAAGCACAGGCUCGAAGUGAACCCGAAGAAGACAACCAAAUGUUUGGAAGAAAGCGAUGAAAUUAUGACCAAAUUAGAAGUCAUCGUAGAACCUGACAGUACGGGUGUUGGGAAUUUAACAAUAAGGAAUGGAAAGUAUGUUACGGUUUGGAUACCAGAGUCUAACCAUGACAAUUCAAUACGAAUUGUGAAAGAAUUCAAGCACUGGAGGGCGGAACUGAUCCACCAACGUCCAGGUUACGGGAAACCCUACUUACUGGAAUUGACCAACCAUGAUAAGGGGGACAAAAUAAAGAUAUCAGUUGUGCCACACCGAGAUUUCACCAAAACAAACCUUGUGGAUUGUACGUUCAAARGUCUUAAGCAGUUCACCCUUAAUGGACCAAACAUUACAACCAACAAAUCACAGACAGAUAAAACACAAAGCGGGAUGAAGCUUGAGUUGAUUUCACGUGGAACAUCAAGAAUAGGUUCGCAUCCUCUUCAAGUAAACAACGUUUUAGUGACAGUUGUGCCCAUCAAGCAAGGGUGUUUAGAUGCUGGUGAUAUUUACGUAGACAGCCAGGCUAUGCUGAAAUGUUCGACCUUCAAAGCAAACAUCAUAGGUGAAGGGAAUGUAUUCAUUAAUGGUGUGGUCACGUGUGGGUUGUUUAAUGAAGAACAAUCACUGAAGGUUAAAGUGAAAAGUGGUGAUGUGCACGUCAAUAUCGAUGGAAAAUUAGGUCAAGUUGAGAAUAAAGCAGMCAACUCAAAGAAUGAAAACCAGACAAAAAUAUUGCACGUUGAAAUUGAAAACGGAAGUUUGACAAACUUUGGAUCACUUGCUGCCCAAGAUUACAUCAAACUAAGAUGCAACAAUUUAUUGUUAUGCUCGGAGUCAAGAAAUGACACAGCUCACAGAGGAUUCARCAGCUAUGUYUCAAUACAGAAAGAGCUAGGCUUUGUCAGUGAUAUCGCUCAAAGUCCCAAAGAAGAUUCUUCCUUCAGUGAUGAUCGAAUGCUCCGUGCAAUUGAGAAUAUGGACAGCGAUGCUUUCAUAUCUACUGUAAACCACGAGAUUGAUCCAGCAGUAAAAAUCAGUGGACGAAGAGUUCAAGAUGAAUUUAUUGCWGUCAAAGGAAGAAGACAGAAUAGARAAGAUGGAGGACAGUACAAAAAAGAAAUUAUCCGCAAUGGUCUGAUCAUUUGUGAAUGGAGGCAUGGAAUCAUCAAAGCAGGUGUCAUUGAAUGCAUUGUCAAUCAGGAUAUCUACGACUGCUCGCAACUUCAAGGUAACAAUGUGAUAUUUGAUGUUGGUGGCUCGGUUAGAAUAAUCAAACCCUGGACAUGGAUCUCUGGCAGCGUAAGCGGAGUCAUAAAAGGGAACUUGGUCUUUGAUGACAAUGCAAUGCUAGUACGUUUCACCAAACUCCAAGUGCAAGGAAAUGUUAAAAUAUCCAAAACAUCAGUUGUAUGGAUCAAGCAAGGGGGUGAGCUGUUCUGCGACAAGGCACUUUUGAACGAAAAUUUAAUGGUCAGUGAAGAUAAUCUUAUUUURAAUCUUGGAGUACUUGAACAAAGAMGAGACGGAGGAAUAACCUGUAAUGAAGAUCUACUGCUUGCUUUGCACGAUGACCAGGAAGGUGUAUGGUAUGGUUACGUGCUGGUUGAGGGACACUUUUUCAUUCAAUUGUCUAACAGAGUCUCUACUGAUGCCGAACUGAUUGCCACAGAGUGUGAUAUCGAGUUCUUUGGGCGCAAUUCCCAACUUAUUAUCAACCAGAUACUUAUCGUUACAAAUGGAGACCUGAAUGUUGAAGCAAAGGAAUCAAGUGAAGUCGCCAAUUUAGUUCUUGCUGGUAAGCUACAUGCAGAAGGAAUAAAUGGUAUUUCAGCUUCCUUUUACACAAUGCCAGGAGCAAGUGCAGAGCUCAUGUAUUCUCAGAACAGGCAAAAAAAUGCAGCAACCGUCGACGUUAUAACCAAAUGGAUGGAAAUCAGUGUURACUCGGUCAUUACAUACGGUUAUCGUCACUACAACGACAACAACAACAUCAUAGAUUUUCCCAUUUCUGUUAGGGUUUCCUGUCAAGAGAAUUUGACGGUCCACGGUACAGUAAAGGCGAUAGCUGCAGUGCUAGCCAUUCAAGCCAAGUUGGUGAAAAACACCGGUGCAAUUAUGUUAAUCCAUGAUGAAAAGAUCAAGACAUUUGCUACUAGCUCCCUKUUGAUUUCGGUCGAGAACACACUUUCCAACACUGGAGUUAUUGAGUGUGAUGGGAACAUGAACAUCAAACCUGAAACUCUGUCCAACGAGAAAGGUGUAAUCAAGUCCUCGCUUAGUCUUGGCAUUCAAGCAAAKUCUUUUACCAACAGCGGUGAGAUCAUGUCAUCUCAUAAUGAAAACAAUACCGGCGUCUCGAGCAGUUCUCUCUGCAUCACAUGUAAGGAAAAGACGUCGAACAGUGGAACAAUCCAGUGUUAUGGAAACAUGAUCAUCAAAACUGAAACCAUGUCAAACGAAAACGGAGCGAUAACCUCGCCUUCUCUWUUCAUCGAUGCUUAUUCGAGUGACGCAACGGCAUUGUCUGGACGAAUCUAUGUAGAUGAAUGUAUGCACGUCCGCUCUUUGUCGCAGAAGGAGUUCUAUUUUUCUGCAGUUGGUGGAAAAGACCAAACUACAUUUGCUCUGACGGAAAAAAUAAAAGAAAAAAACGAGAUUGCAGACACGUUUGUUCUACCAGACGAAGUGGUAAUAUCUUGUGAAAAAGGUCGCUUGGUUGUUGACUCAAAAAUUGCCUGUUCUGACCCCUCAGGUGAGUCAUCCCAGUGUCUUCUUCGAAUCAAUGAGUGCAUUCAGGUGCUCAAAGAAUCGCAUCUAGGAAACCUCUUUUUGGAAUUUUACAUUGACAAAGGAGGAAGCAGUGACUCGUUGAUACUUCUCCAAGAUCAUUUUUCUGCAAACUAUCUUUCUGUAUGCUAUGCGAAGGGAGAUGAAAUUGGCGAUGAAAAUGGGAUGAUCAAACAGACUGUUCAGUUCCAAGGUUCAGGCCAAACAGUCAAUGUUCACAUACUUGGCGUACACGAAUCAAUCACAGAAGUUAGAUUCGACACUCAAAACCUCUUCCAUUGCUCGAAAGUAAUACUCCAAUGCGAACUGGCUGUCAUUGUAUCUGAAUUUGAAUGUGUCAAUCUAGAAGCAAAUUCCYUACAAGUGGAAGGGARUCUGCGUUGUAUUACGCCAAGCGAAGAGGAGAAUCAAUCAACCUUUACAGCAAAUAAAAUCAAGUUGACUGGUGAUCUGGAAUGUGCAGGAUCUGUGGAAAUCAAUGCAGUAGAAUCAUUCGUUCAAGAAACGCAAGGUUCCGAGGGUAUCAUUGUUCGGGAAGUUCUGAAAAUCGUAGCGGGAGAAAAAGGUAUCGUCCACCUAGCAGGAUCCACAAAUGGGCAAACACAUCAAGAUUCAAAGACGGCAUUAGAAAUCGAAGGCCAAAGUGUAAAAGUGUCAGGAAGCAUAACCAAUGUAACAGACUUGAAGUUGACUGCUGAAAUACAUCUUGGACUUACAGAAGAAAGUAAGAUCAGUACGUGUAAAGCAGUUGAAAUUAAAGGCGAGUGGCUUACUUUGGCAGGACUGAUUGAAGGGUUUGAAACCCUUCAAAUUGAACCAUGGGCUGUGCUGAACUCUGGUACAAUACACUCUGAUUUGGAACAAUCCAACGUUCGGCUGUCAUCUGAUCUUGCUUUAGUUAACAGUGGUAUUUGCAAAGGUCAUGUUACCAGUCUCGAAGCACCGUUUCUCCUUUCUCUUCCUGGGAGAGAAAUCGACGAGGUUAGCGAAGUGAGAAAUUGUGAGCUUAUUGGAAAACAAAGAAUUAAGUUAGAAAGUAUCGCGUGCUUUCUUGGUGGAUCCUCGGUAACGUCAAACAAACUGGUUGAGAAUAAUACAGUUCUUCUUUUCAAGUUCKUGGCGUACGUAGCCAGUACUCCUGAUUCUAAGAGUCUUCAGGCCUGGGCAAAAGCAGCAGAGUCACUGAAGAGAAUACAGUCAGAUUAUGCAGAUAGAAACAAGGAGAAUGGAGGAAUAUUCGAAUUAUUCAAGUCCUUGACAAGCACCUCUUCAAAUAGUGCUCAAAUAGAUCUCAAAAUUGCUCAGACGUAUAGCAUGGUUAAUAUGUUUGUCGCUGAUGUUUUGAAUAGUGGCAUCGAAUCCUUUGAUGUUCCCAGGCUAGUUUUCAUCAUUACAAGCGAAAGUGAGAGAUUCACGAAGAUCAACAUACUAAAGGAGAAACUGCUUGCAAUCCCACAWGAAGCCAAAAAAAUUCGCCAAUGGAUGAAGAACAAAGGAAUAAAAGGGUAUAAAUCUAUUAUGAAAAGAUUUGGUUUCAGUGAGUCAAAGAGAAAAAGCGACAAAGGAGAAGGUGUCAUAGAAUCUGGAAAGUAUUCMUUCAGUGAAGGAGCCACAAUARCAGACUCAUCAUACGAAGCAUAUUUUGAUGAGUUCUACCGCGACGAAGGAUUCUUGUCAGCUGGAGAUGUUUUUGUUGCUUCCAAGGACAUUAUCAUGUCCAAAAGAGAGAAGAGUGCCAUAACGAUGGUGAUGCUUGCAGAACGUGUUUGCGAAGCAGGUGAUAUCGAGAGUGAUUCUCUUGUAAUAAAGUCUGAGGAGAAUGCUAAACUUGUUGGGAAAAUGAAGGCAAAUGAUGCCACCAUUGAUGCAAAAUCAGGUGUUGACCUUUCAUAUCAUGAUAAGUCAAAAGGAAAGAAAACAGCGGAUCAUCAUUUUAAAAAUCUUAAAGUGAAAACUAACAAAGUGAAAGAGGUKAACGACUUGUUGAAAGGUGAGGGAAUUUAUGAAGACCUCAGGAUCUCUGAUCGACUUGACUUAGCAGUUACAGAUCAGGAUAUUAUUCUCUCAAGGUGUAACAUUGAUCAACGCUACCAGUUAAAAUUGCAAGCAAAGUCAGUACAACUUGAUGAGGCUCAUGUUCACUUUGAGAAAGGCGCAUCAAUAAAGUCGGAUACAAAUCUGCACGUAAGAGAUUCUUCCGUUAGCUCUCGUGGUUCUACAGUUUUACAGUCCACUGGAGACGUGUCAAUGCAUUCAUCUCAUGUCGGAGCAAGCAAUGUUGCAGCUGUUGUAUCUGACAAAGGAUCACUAUCAAUGACAGCUGGAUCAGUUUGUGGCGACGAAAGAGUACUUCUAAAGGCAGAAAAAGAUGUUACAAUUGAUGAAAAAGAAACAUUCCACGGUAACUCACAGUCUGACAGAGGGUUUUUUAGUUCUUCGAGCAGUUCAUGCUCCUACUCGACGGUUUCAGGUGCAAACAUUUCCUCUAAAUCAGGCAGUGUGUCUGUCAUUUCCGAGGAAGGUAGUGUGAACAUGACUGCAGUAGAUAUCAAUUCAGGCAAAGACUUAACAAUUUCAGCUAAAGAUGACGUUCUAAUUCAAGAUAAGGUUACCACUCAAAAAGAGGUGCAUGUAAAGAGAAAUUGGUUUCGAAACAAAACGUCAACAAAGAUAACCCAAGUGCAACACAAGUCCAAACUAAAGUCCGGUGGUUCGAUGUGCAUAACGUCUCGAAAUAAGAGUGUUUUCAUGAUUGGCACAGAUGUUCAAGCCGGUGGUUAUAAAAUGGUACGUGCAGCUGAGAGAGUUCUUUUCGAAGACAGAAUACUAUCAAGCUAUGAAGAAAGUCAUUCAAGUGGAYUUUCGCUUUCUUUCGAGAAAGGAUUAUCAUAUGAAGAAGAAUCAAAAAGAACGACAAAGCAACGUUUGGCAGGAUGUGGAGUUAAUCUUGGUGGGAAUUUAAUUGUAUCAGCAAAACAUUWCAAUGUAAAGAAUGCAAUGCCAAUUGAUGCCGAAAACAUGAUGAUCGAUGCUAAAACCGUUCACUUUGAAGGAGCAGAGUUGCACAACACUAGUUUCAUGACAAAGUGGUCACUAGACGUUGGCUUGAACCAACUUGAAGUGUCAGCUGGAGAGGGUAGGUCAAAGGAAAGGAAAGYCAUCAACCAGARCAUAAAUGUUCGGGGAAAAACACAUAUUGACGCAGAGCAAGUCAAUUUAACAGCUUGUAAUCUGAACACUAGUUCCAUAUCGGGUCAAAUUAAGGAACUAAAUAUUGUAACCAAGCAGAGUGAGAUUGAAUCUUACGAAAAUUCGACAAGUAUUGGCUUUACYUUUGUGGAAGGAAUUCCCGUCCCUAGCAAGUUUGGAUCGAAAAGAACUUCUGAUGUCGGGCGUUUUGUCGAGAAGUCGAGUGGAAUCCAYUGUAMAGGAUCAAUCAACCAAAAUGAGUUUAAGGUGGAUAACAUGAGUUUAAAAGGAUCAUCAGUAACAGCUGAAGGAAAAAUUGAAAACUUCGCUAAAAGCAUCGUCUCAGAGAAAAUCCAUAGUUAUAGAUGUCAGUCGACAUCAGGAUUUGAAAUUGGUGCUACCAAAUCAGGUGGAGAAUUCUCGAUGUGUGGAAGCAAAAAAUACAUUGAAAUGGAACAUCAUGCAACUGUUGGUUCUUCUUCUGGAGCUGUUUGUGACGAAUUGAAAAAUACCGUCAACACUGACUUAUCAAAACAAGCAAAAAUUACUGCGCAACACAGCUCAGCCUUUGGAAUAAAUUUARCCAUAAAAAAAGAUGGCGCUGGAGCAGGAUUUCAAAGCAAUGACACAAGUGUCGGUUUUUCUGCAACUAAAAAGCAGGUUGGAUURAAUUUCCAGCAUGGGGACAAAGGAAUUGCAGUCUGUGGAGGCAAAUCAGGAGUUAUAGCCUCAAUACAAGACGGCGAAAACAACGUUGGCUUAGGGCUUUCAAAGCAAUCUAUAAAYGUCAACGUCGAAACAAAACAUGGAUCUAUUGGAGGAUCUUUAGGAAAAGACGGUGCGUCAGCAAAUGUUAAAAAAGGCGAUCUUACUGGUGUCUCGCGGAAUAAAGAUGUAAAAACGGGGCACACCACAACUGAUGCCAACGUUCAGAAAGGGGAUUUUGCAAUCAGUGUUUCAAAUUCAAAAGAUUCUACAUCACUAGAUAUCAAGAAAGGCGAUUUCGAAACUGGAUUCAGUUUAGAAAAAGACAAAGAAACAGGACAGACCACAAAAUCUGCCUCUAUCAAGAGAGGUGAUCUUGCAAUCAAAUCUAGAAUCAGUCAAGAGAGAGACGCAGAAACAGGAAAGACCACAACAGCUGCCAAUAUGAAGAAAGGUGAUCUUGCAAUCAGCGCCUCUACGUCGGAAAAUGCCAAAUCUCUAGACGUUAAGAAGGGAGAUUUUGAAACUAGAAUCAGUCAAGAAUUUUUAGUUUAGAAUCAGAGUAGUAUUUUCUGUACUCUAGAUAAAGUAGUGACGCGUAAAAUUUGAAAAUUUUAUUUGAAAACAAUUUUUUUAUUUCAAAAACUUAUAUUACUUGACAGGGGGAAAAAUUAUAUGCUAGAGAGUCAGCGCACUAGUUCCGUGAAAUAUUAUCAAAAUGAACUGUAACUGUGAUUGUCUAUUUACUGACUAAUAGAAUAUAUCACUCGGCCAGAGCACAAUUCAUUAAAGCGGAAGACAAUACUCAAGAGACUAGACAACUACACACUUUUUUCAUGUGAACGCAAUCCGUAUAUAUUUGGAAUUUGUAUGCCCUUUCAAUAAAUUCAAAAURCCAUGAAGCCUACAUUCUUCCAACAUUCAAGUUCUAGCCGUCCCGACAUCUUUCUUCCGCGUUUAACAAAGAACUAUACCUCUUAUAACUCUUUAUUUYUUUCCUGGUUGGUGGGACUUUUUUAACAAGUUUUUCCWUUUUAGAUUCAUWUUUAUCCGUCUGUGAAAUAGGAAUUUUAUUAUUAAAUACUAUUACCCCCUAUUAGCUCCCAAUAGUUUAACUUAUACGACAUGCGACAAAUCAAUCAUAGCCAAACACGGUUUUGAUUUUGCCUUUUGGUAGCCUACCUUACACUGACUAGUAGUAAUUGUUUCACAGGCGGAGUGAAAUAACUCUAACAUUGYGCAGCUUCCAAGGCUCUUGUGUAUUGCUACUUUUAUCAUGUUUCACGGUACCAGUGCGUUGAAUCUACUAAGACUUUACGGUUAUUUGCUUAACAUACAGUAUUUGUAUUAAUAGCAUUUCAUUCAUUUCUUUAGKUGUGAUUGYGAAAAGCCUUUAGUAGCCUUAGCGCAGAAGUUAAUAAGAAUCGAUGAUAAAUUUGUUAAUUAUUUUGAAAAUGCUAAACAUAUUUAUUAAGCUGGCACGAUCCAAUUCUAUUGCGUCAUGUUAUUAAAAUCAGAGGUAGUAGACCURAAUUCUGAAGGA